AUGCCCAACGACCAAACACAGAGCAAAGGUUCGUCCGAUCCGGAUGAAGUUGAUCUUCAGGUGAUAGUGGAGGCAACUCAGCAGCCGUUGAUCAAGUCUUUUCCAUGUUUAAGGAUUUUCUUGAGAAAAAAAAUAGAAGGUAAAGGAAAGCAAAUCGAACAAAGGAGUAAGCUAGAUAAAGAAGUUGUGCAGCUGAAGUUCAAAGGGAACCAGAAACAAUUUGAACUUAAUGCCGAAUUAGAUGCCAUUUUUGAAGGCAUUGCGCAAAAUUUAUCGCAGAUCAAGAAACUUUCCCAAGAAGGCAGGCAACGUAUUUGA